UGAGUAGGAUAAUCUGCUUAGGGGCUGAAAAACGAGCACUUUUGCACACAAUUUACUGGAAUAGACACGGAUAUGGAGGUGGAGAAAGGCAAGAAAAAUUAAAAUGGAAUGGACAAAGGACAAGAAACACAGGGAAGAAAAUCAGAGAGAAAUGGAAAGAGAUGGAUGCAUGAUGGAGAACAAAAAUGAUACUCAAGGGAAGCAACCUUUAUUGCGGCGGAGAAUAGGCCACCCCCAUUAGUGACAUCAGGACAACAGAUUUUUGUAUCUCUUCAGUGGCGGGAAAUUCAACUGCUGAGGUGAGUAGCUGCUGAUUGUACAACUAACAAAUUUUCUUCAUAUGAGUUUGCUUACUUGUUUUGCCAAAGCUUAACAUGUCCACCGCAUAAAAUAUACUGGAAGUGAUUCAAAUACAAUAAUUUCCAAAUAUGUACGUUUUAAUAUACCAAAUUCUCUUCAACAACCAGACUAACUAUUUACCUAGUCACAGUUUGUUGUAAGCUAAUAUGCUAAUUGAAGCUCAAAAUGUCCACCCUGUCGUUGUUCCAAAAUGUCCACCCUGUCGGCCACUUAGACUCGAUAGGGUGGACAUACACAUGACAGGGUGGACAUAACAUUCAUUUGUUGUUAAUAUUGCAAUUUAUAGAAAUGUUAUAUUACAUUUUAUGGAAACAUAUAAUAUAAUAUAACAAAAUAAUAUUUUGUUAUAUAAAAAAAUAUAAAAUCAUUGCUGUUCUCAGGACAUGCCUCUGAGUGCGGCAGAAAGUGCACGGCAAUACAGAAAACGCCGGGAUGCAAACCCUGAACAAAGAGAUGCGUACCUUAAGAAAGAAAGGGAUAGAUGGAGGAAAGAUAGAGAUACAGGGAAGAAGAAAGUUAAUAAUGACCUCACAGAGAGAGGAAAACUUUUACAAAGGAAAAAAUGGAAGGAGGCAAAGAAAGCUGCCAGAGCAAAAGCCAGGACAAUAGUGGAGUUGCAGACUCCAACUCCAGAACCACUGGAGCUGGACUGUCCACCACAGCUAGGUCCCUCAAGCACAUUCAAGGAAAAAGGAUUCGAGAAAGAAGAAGAAAAUUAUGAAAGAAAUGAAAGAGUUGAAAGCAAAACUGGCAAAGGAGAAGAGAAAAGGAGAAAAAUACAAAAAGAGGUACCAGAGGAUGAAGAGACAAGAACCCUCAGUGUCUCCUCACUCAAAAGUCAAGGAAUUGGUAAGAGGGCAAAAAGUUAGGUCACCCAUUAAGAGAGCCCUGCUAUUUCACACCACCCUGGUUGAGAACAUCAGGCAAAAAUACAGAAACGCAAAAACUGAAAGAGAAAGACAACUGAUUGCCAGGGUGACUUCUGGACGUAUUUUAAAUAAGUACAAACUACAGAAGUACACACAAAUGGCAUUUGGCUACUCCAAAAAAAGAAAUGCAACCCUCAGUGUGGAUCUUUGUGCAACCGUGAAGAGAAAAGAAAGUGGUGCAGCUCUGGAGAUCAAGAGGAAAGUGAGGUCUUUUUAUCUCCGUGAUGAUGUUAGCUGUAUGACACCAGGCUGCAAACAAACAAUCACACGACAAAAGAAAAAAAUGCAAAAAAGAUUACUCACAGACACAUUGAAAAUUCUACACAUAAAAUUUUUGUCUGAGGAGCAUGGCCAACUGUCAUACAGCACGUUUUGCCGGUUUAGGCCAUUUUGGGUUGUUACACCCACAGAGGCUGACCGCAACACGUGUUUGUGCAAAACACAUGAGAACACACAACUCAUGGCAAAUGUCCUCCACAGUCAUGGUAUAUUGUCUACCAAAAGUAUAGAAGAUAUGGCAGAUUCAAUUGUGUGUGCGUCAAAGAGAAAGGCAUGUGCUUACAGUGAAUGUAGGGAGUGCCUCCUCAAUGCAUAUCAAACCAUUAAACAACCUGGGGAAGCAGAGGUUUGUGUAGCCCAAUGGACUACAGAAAGGAUCCAUAGAGAAGACAAAUCCUCCAUGAUUACAGUCAAAAGAGAUCUCGUAACAACCGAGUCUGACCUGGUUAGCCAAUUUCAAGAAAGGCUCAGCAGAUUUAAGAAACACAUCUUCAACAUCAGAUGGCAAUACGCAGCCUACAGGCAAAUCAGGGAGACCUUAAAAACAGAUGAGUGCAUGCUGCACAUUGAUUUUAGUGAAAAUUACUUUUGCAAAUACGGCCAAGAAAUUCAAGCAGUCCACUUUGGAGGAUCGCACCAACAGGCAACUCUCCAUACAGGGGUACUUUACACUGCUGAAGACCAGUCACCUCUCGCCUUCUGCUCCAUUUCUCCAAGUCGACGACAUGACCCUACAGCUAUUUGGGCCCACCUUGACCCAGUACUUGGUAUGAUAAGGCAAAGGUUCCCUGAAGUUAAAAAACUUCACUUCUUCAGUGACGGGCCAGCCACUCAAUAUCGGCAGAAAGGGAAUUUCUACCUACUUUCCACAGAACCAUAUAAACUAGGGUUUGAAAAUGUCAACUGGAAUUACUUUGAGGCAGGACACGGCAAGGGGGCACCAGAUGGUGUUGGUGGGGCACUGAAGACAUCAGCAGACAGAGCCAUCAAACAUGGAGAGGACAUCCUAAAUGCCUUAAUCCUGUAUGAAAGACUGAAAUCAAACAACUAUUCAAUGGAGUUAUUUUACAUCAGUGAAGAUGAUGUUGAAUCAAAGCCAGAGAUACCUGCCAUUGCUCCAAUAAAAGGAACAAUGAGGGUGCAUCAGGUGCUAAGUGUUUCACCAGGCUAACUGAAAUACUGGGACAUCACAUGUCUCUGCAAGAGUGAGGCAGGUAUGCUGGAUUGUCCCUGUUACCAGUUAAUGGAGGCAACUGUAAGUAAAGAACAUAACCAUGCCCCUGCAUUUGAUGGCACAACUGAAACCAGAUGGCGUCCACAAUUCAUUGAGGCGAAACACAUUGGAGAAUGGUGUGUGGUGAAUUAUGAAGAUGAAGCCUAUCCUGGCAUUAUCAUUAAAGUGGAGGAGCACAACAUUAUGGUUAAGUGCAUGCACCGGAAUGGGAUAAAUAAAUUCUUCUGGCCUAGUCCCAGAGAAGAUAUUACCUGGUAUGCAGACCAACAGAUUCUCUGUCUGAUUACAGAGCCACAGGGUCUCAAUAAACGCUCUGUACAGAUAGACAAGGCUUCAUGGAGGUAUAUCGAAGAGCAGUUUAGAUGAGCGGAGUUUAGAUGAACAGGAAUCUGUUCUUUAAAAUGACUUAUUGCUCGUGUUAUUGUUUGUUAAUGUGUAUCCAGAUUUCUUUUCAGAAGUGUGUUUCCCUGUUAUGUGGUGUUUACAUUAGGUUUUUAGUUAAUGUAAAACCCAAUAGAACCACACUGGAAUACAUUUAGGCAAGGGUCAACUGAA